AUGACCGCGACUAACGGGGUCAACGGCGUCCAUGGAGUCGAGAAAGACGGGUUUGGAACGAGAGCGAUUCACGUCGGUUCAGAAGCGAGCCCUGAGACGGGCGCCGUCAUUCCGUCGAUAUCGUUGAGCACGACGUACAAGCAGAAUGGAGUGGGAAAACAUAAGGGAUACGAGUACUCGCGUUCUGGAAACCCCAAUAGAAAUGCUUUAGAAGAGACGCUCGCAUCGCUUGAGACCGGCGGCGCUUUCGCACUCGCGUUCUCCUCAGGAUCUGCUACGACAGCAACAGUAUUGCAAUCCCUUGGUCCGGGCGCGCACAUUCUCAGCGUAAACGAUGUUUACGGUGGAACCUUUCGGUAUAUGAAGAGAGUGGCGGAGGAGAACCAGGGUGUGGAGACGACGUUCGUUGAUUUAGAGGGCGCCGAUCAUGCCACCAUAACGGCGGCCUUGAAGGAUAACACCAAGUUGAUCUGGAUAGAAUCCCCCACUAACCCUACACUGCGCGUAAUAGACAUUCCCCGGAUAGUCUCACUUGCCCGCUCACAUCCCUCCAACCCCCUUGUCCUCGUAGAUAAUACCUUUCUCUCCCCCUUCUACUCAUCUCCCCUGCUCCUCGGUGCAGACAUCGUGCUGCACAGCCUAACCAAGUACAUCAACGGCCAUUCUGACGUCGUCAUGGGCGCCGUUAUCCUGCCGGAACAUCACGCGCCUCUCGCCGCAAAGCUACGAUUCCUCCAAAACGCAAUUGGCGCCAUCCCAAGCCCGUAUGACUGCUGGCUGGCCCAGCGCGGGGCGAAGACACUUCACCUGCGGAUGAAGGCGCACGGAGUGAAUGCACUCGCCGUCGCGAAGGCUCUCGCACGCUCACCGCACGUUGAGGAUGUCAUCUACCCGGGCCUCUCGUCGCACCCGCGGAAUGCCCUCGCGUACCGCUCGCUUUCGCCGCAUGCGCGCAAGUUCGUGGACUCGCUCCCCGAGGACGAGGGCGGCUUCCCGUACGGCGGGAUGAUCUCAUUCAGGAUCAAGGGCGGCGCAGAGGAAGCUGACAAGUUCUUGACCGCCACGCGCUUGUUUACGUUGGCAGAGUCCCUCGGCGGCGUGGAGAGUCUGGCCGAGCACCCGGCGCAAAUGACGCACGGGAGCAUUCCCGAAGCUGAGCGCGCGGCGCUUGGUAUCGGCGCGAACCUCGUGCGGCUGUCUGUCGGGGUUGAGGAGACCGAGGAUCUCGUUGCAGAUGUGGAGCAGGCAUUGGCCGUGGCUGUGGGGAGAAGCGUUGAGUUGUGAUACCCGGUAUUCUAUUGCACUCUUGACUCUGUUCGUUAAUUGGCGUGUUCUAUAGAUCUGUAUCUUUACACAUAGGUCAGUGGGGGCCGUCCCCGCCGGCUUCUACUUAAUAUAUCGGGAUGAUAGCAGGUUGCUGCGU